CAAACGCAGCUUCCGCCUUGCAUAAACAACUCACUCUCGCGUUGACGUACCUACGUAGCCCACGGGCAACUUAUUCCUCAACAACACCCCGCUGCUCGAUCACUCUACUACAGCAGGUCUCCUCUUCGCCGAUACGAAAUCAAGCCUCAGAUCCCGUCAUGACCGACUCGGAUAAUGCCCCGCACAUCGAGCUCGACGCCGCGGCGACAAAUAGCGACCGGACGCACGAUUUGGAGAAGAAAGACCACAAGCCGAGAGACAGCAAAGGCUGGGACGGCAAGCUGAGGGUGGACAAGAGCAUGCUAGUGGACGGGCCCCCGGACCUGGGCGCAGAGAGCGAACCGGAAGUGUCAGAAGAUGAAGGACCACCGCCGGAGCAGCUUGCGGCUGACGAAGAUCUGCUGGAUGACGUGCCAGAGGAUGAGGAUGAAAUAGAGCUGGUGCACAUGCGGAUCUCCAGUAUACCCGCGUUGAGGUUAGAGAGGUUCAAUAAGCUCAAGCGGCUCUGCCUCCGCCAGAACCAAAUAUGCGACGUCGAAAUACCGGACGAGAUCGCGCCGUCAUUGCAGGAGCUAGACCUGUACGAUAACCUAAUAUCGCACAUCCGAGGCUUCGACGCCUUCACCGAACUCACGUCGCUCGACCUUUCCUUCAACAAGAUCAAGCACAUCAAGCGCCUCAAUCACCUGACGAAGCUGCGCGACCUAUACUUUGUACAGAAUAAAAUUAGCUCGAUCGAGGGUGUACAAGGGCUGAGCAACCUGCGGCAGAUCGAGCUGGGCGCCAACAGGAUCCGGGAAAUACAAAAUCUCGAGACCCUCACGGGCCUGGAGCAGCUAUGGCUAGGCAAGAACAAGAUCACCGAGCUUAAAGGCCUCGACACAUUGACGAACCUCAAAAUCCUCUCCAUCCAGUCGAACCGCCUCACCUUCAUCGCCGGUCUUUCGAACCUUAAGAACUUGGAAGAGCUGCACAUAUCUCAUAAUGCUAUCAAGGAGCUCUCGGGCCUCGAAGAGAACACUAACCUCCAGGUUAUCGAUAUAAGCGCCAACCCGAUCGAGCACCUGACGGGCCUCAAGCAGCUCAAGCAUCUGCAGGAGCUGUGGGCGAGCAACUGCCAGCUAAGCAGUUUCGAGGAGAUUGAGAAGGAGUUGCGCGACAAGGAAGAGCUGGAGACGGUAUACUUUGAAGGCAAUCCGUUGCAGAGGGCUCAGAUGGCUCUGUAUCGGAAUAAGGUCAAGCUGGCCUUGCCGCAAGUCAAACAGAUCGAUGCUACGUUUGUAAGAGUGAGCUAGAUAACUGGUCGCUCUGUAUCAUUAGGUGUUAUCGAUCAGGCGACUUAGUUGUGCGCCCCUGGCUCGGCUCAGGCUCGUUUUCAUCUUCUGCAGAGCUAUUAUUGGCAUUGGGGUUCAACAUUGCAUUUGCAUGGCGAAAGGGGAGGCGGCAGCAAGAGCCAUUGACGUAUGAUCUGGCAUUGCGAGGCGUUCACCGGGAAUCCAUAGCAUGAGGUUACGAGUAACGAACCAACGCCUCCUAAUGUCGCCACAAAAUGGAAUCGCACAAUCACUUUUCGAUCGCAUUCAUACCCACACAUAGCAAUACUUCCCGCGGAUGUGUACAUCACAUCCCUUUCCUUGUCCUACCAUACGCAUGGUUCGACAGGGUCUUCCAGAAGCAGGGCACGAAC